AUGUCAAAUCGUAAUUAUAAAUCUUCAAAAAAUAAAUCACAAUCAAAUAAUAAUAGUUUAAAAAUCAAUCAAAUUGAUAUUGAUGAUGUCAUUAAUAAUGAUACAUUAAAUGCACAUUUAUCAUUAUUAAAAAUAUUCAAAACAUUAAGACAUGAAGAUGAUGAUAUCAAUAGAUUAUUUUUAUCUAAAGCUGAAAAAAGAUACAGUAUAUGGUUAAAUUUAUUAAAUGAUAAAUUUGAUAAUGAUAGUGACAUUCCUAUUCCACCAAUCGAUGUAUGUCAAAUUUGGCAUGCACAUUUACUAUCACCUUUAAAAUAUUUUAAAGAUAUGGAAGAAUUAUACAAACAAGAAUAUAGAUUUCCAAUUGAGAGAAUAUACAAAUGCUGGAAUGAAAAUAAUGACGAAUAUUUAAACUCUGUAAAAUUUUGGGAAAAAUACACUAAACAACCAUGGAUUCUGAAUGUUCAAGUUGAAUCAAUAUUUUCCUUAAAUCUUGUAAAUGCUGUGAUUCGUCAAUAUAGAUUUACAGAUAAAAUAAUCAAUGAUUAUACUGUUAACACACUUAUGAACCAUUCACAAGCAAUUGAAAGAUAUAAAAAAUUUCUUUUAUUGGUUAAAAAUAAUGAAAGAGAUCUUGUUCCAACAAUAGAUAUAGAUCUUUGCUGGCAUACACAUAUGCUUCAUAGUAUUGAUUAUCGUGAUUUUACAAAAAAAUAUACGGGUAAAAUUAUCAAUCAUGAUGAUAGAAUCUCUAAAUCUAUUCUCAAUGAUAAUUUUAAACAAACUUCUGAUAUUUGGUAUAAAUAUUUCAACGAAUUACUGCGGUAUGACUGA